AUGGGUCACUUACCCAGUAAGGAUACACGGCGCAUCAGUUUUGAUAAUACAUUUGCUAUGAGCACAGCACUAGCUAUUCCCAAGCAAGCUGAUGAUGAAGUUUUAACCAUUAAUACUCUUGAAACGAACAAAUCCAACGAAUUUUAUUACAAAGAGAAAACGACACCCAUCGAAGUGUAUGAUAACGAACAUGACUAUUGGGUGCAACGAAUUGAGUAUCUUAAAAAUGAACAUCAACUAAUAAAUAAAAUUGUGGAGUCGGAAUAUGAAAAAACUAUCGAGGAUACAAAAAAUCUAUUUGAUCCACCGAAAAUAACUCAUGAAAAAAUACAAAAAAUUAGACCGUGCUAUGAAUGGCGCUCUAAGAUGCUAAAAUGCUAUGAAGACAACCCUCAUCAACCUUUACUUUGUGCAGCAACUGUACAAGCGUUUACAAGUUGUGUUACAGCGUGUCAAAUGGAGGAACAAUAA